CCAGUUCCGAAUGAAUAACUUCAGUCUCAUCCGCAAGGGGCCUGAGACGCUCGUUUUUUUUCACUUUAUUAGGUCAAUCUGCUGUCAUUCUAGAUGUUGCAGAAUGGCGUGCAAUUGCUCUCUGUUUGGUCUCUCGAAAAUGAGAGAGACUUCCUGUACUUGAAGAAAUUCUAGAAACUAUUGAACAAUCAGAGCGAUCGCAGAGAUGUGUUCGUGAAAACAGACUGCGGUUUGCCAAUCCAUUGGCUUAAUGGAUGCUGACCUGAAACGAACUUAGGAUUCUCGAAUCGGCUUCGUUGGCGGAGGUGACUUUGGAUUUUUAGUCGCUUGACCUAAUGACAAGAAUCACACUGUAUUUCUGGCGAGGGUCAUCUGCGGAUUGCAGUUGCAAUUCACCGAGAGAGUUUUCUCAUAUGGGGUGCUUUGGAUCGUGCAAUUCCUGGCAUUAGACUUUCAAGACUUUCAAGGUUAACUAAUGGAGGAGAGAUCGAUGUGGAGAAGUAAUCGCCCUUCUUGCAAUUAAGUGGCUGCACGAUGAUGUUGAGGAGGUGGUUUAUCAAAGAAGGCAAUGUCAGUAGGAGGUCGAUCACCACCGCUGCGUUGCUUCUAAUUUCGAGAUGGAGUCGACUGGACAAGACUUCGAUGAUCCCCACCGGCAAGGAUGGCUGGUAUGCUCCAGCAGAUGUACUGCAAUACCUCCAUCGGAAAGGUCCUCAAGUGGAUUCCUAUGAUUACGUGAAAUUGUUGCAGAGCUGCGUGAAGGCCAAAGACCUGGCAGUAGGAAAGCAGGUACAUGAACACAUCCUCCGUUGUGGCGUGAAGCCCAACGUUUACAUCACCAACACUCUUCUGAAGCUGUACGCACAUUGUGGUAGCGUCAAUGAAGCACGGCAACUCUUCGACAAAUUUUCCAACAAGUCUGUUGUUUCGUGGAACGUAAUGAUUUCAGGUUAUGCGCAUCGUGGCCUUGCCCAAGAAGCCUUCAACCUCUUUACUCUCAUGCAGCAAGAACGCUUGGAGCCAGACAAGUUCACCUUUGUAAGCAUUCUCUCUGCUUGUUCCAGUCCUGCGGUUUUGAACUGGGGCAGAGAGAUCCACGUUCGUGUCAUGGAGGCUGGAUUGGCAAAUGAUACUACGGUUGGAAACGCCCUCAUUAGUAUGUAUGCGAAAUGUGGGAGCGUACGAGACGCCCGCCGUGUCUUUGACGCCAUGGCGAGUCGAGAUGAGGUAUCCUGGACUACAUUGACCGGUGCAUAUGCAGAGAGCGGAUAUGGUGAAGAAUCCCUGAAAACAUAUCACGCAAUGCUGCAAGAAAGAGUGCGGCCUAGUAGGAUCACUUAUAUGAAUGUCUUGAGUGCGUGUGGCAGCCUUGCAGCUUUAGAAAAAGGCAAACAGAUCCACGCUCACAUCGUCGAGUCUGAGUACCAUUCCGAUGUGCGAGUUAGCACUGCUCUUACGAAGAUGUAUAUGAAAUGUGGUGCUUUCAAGGAUGCUCGUGAAGUAUUCGAGUGCCUUUCGUAUCGAGAUGUGAUUGCGUGGAACACAAUGAUCAGGGGUUUUGUUGACAGUGGUCAAUUGGAAGAGGCGCACGGCACGUUCCAUAGGAUGCUGGAAGAAGGUGUAGCGCCUGAUAGGGCAACAUACACGACCGUUCUCAGUGCUUGUGCGCGGCCUGGGGGGUUGGCACGGGGUAAGGAGAUUCACGCGCGUGCUGCGAAAGACGGGCUUGUGUCAGAUGUGAGAUUUGGGAAUGCUCUUAUUAACAUGUACUCUAAAGCGGGAAGUAUGAAGGACGCCCGCCAAGUUUUUGACAGAAUGCCGAAGCGAGAUGUUGUGAGUUGGACCACAUUGCUUGGACGAUACGCUGACUGUGACCAAGUGGUGGAGUCCUUUACGACCUUCAAGCAAAUGCUGCAACAAGGUGUGAAGGCAAACAAAAUCACGUACAUGUGUGUUCUUAAGGCAUGUUCGAAUCCAGUGGCUUUGAAAUGGGGCAAGGAGAUUCACGCGGAAGUUGUAAAAGCUGGAUUACUAGCCGACUUAGCAGUGACAAAUGCCUUGAUGAGCAUGUAUUUUAAGUGCGGUAGCGUAGAGGAUGCAAUCAGGGUUUUUGAGGGCAUGAGUAUGAGAGAUGUUGUUACGUGGAAUACAUUGAUUGGAGGUCUUGGACAAAAUGGUAGAGGCCUAGAGGCCUUACAAAGAUAUGAGGUGAUGAAGUCGGAAGGGAUGAGACCAAACGCAGCUACGUUUGUGAAUGUCCUGUCUGCCUGCCGUGUUUGCAAUCUAGUGGAGGAAGGUCGUCGUCAAUUCGCGUUCAUGAGCAAGGAUUAUGGAAUCGUCCCAACUGAGAAGCACUACGCGUGCAUGGUGGACAUUCUCGCCCGUGCAGGGCAUCUGAGGGAAGCAGAGGACGUAAUUCUGACCAUACCUCUUAAACCAAGUGCUGCAAUGUGGGGAGCUUUGCUUGCAGCUUGCCGAAUCCAUUGUAAUGUUGAGAUUGGGGAGCGAGCUGCAGAGCACUGUCUGAAGCUUGAGCCCCAAAACGCCGGGUUAUACGUGUCUCUCUCAGCCAUCUAUGCCGCUGCUGGCAUGUGGCGUGAUGUGGCCAAACUUAGGAAAUUCAUGAAAGAGAGAGGCGUGAAGAAGGAGCCUGGUCGCAGCUGGAUUGAGAUUGCAGGUGAAGUACAUUCUUUUGUGGCGAGAGAUCAAUCACAUCCAAGAACUCAAGAGAUAUAUGCAGAGCUGGAGACCUUGAAGAAGCAGAUGAAAAGCUUGGGAUAUGUGCCUGACACUCGGUUUGUCAUGCACGAUUUAGAUGACGAAGGCAAGGAACGAGCUGUUUGUCAUCACAGUGAGAAACUUGCGAUUGCGUAUGGACUCAUCAGUACGCCUCCUGGAACUCCAAUUCGCAUCUCCAAGAAUCUUCGAGUGUGUACCGACUGUCACACUGCUACGAAGUUUAUCUCGAAAAUUACCAAGCGUGAGAUCAUUGCUAGAGAUGCUCAUCGGUUCCAUCACUUCAAGAAUGGUGAGUGCUCUUGCGGUGAUUACUGGUAAUAACGUUCCACAAAAUUAAUGCACAGAGCGUUCAAAGAUUUUUAACUUCCAUUCUAUGUUCUCAUCUUUAUAUUAACAUUUUCAUCUUUUUGCUUCCCAUUUACAGACUUAGAAUUUUAGUUCUUUGUAGAUAAAUCAUUACAAUUCGCAUAUAAUGAACGUGCGGUGUCGGGCUCGUUAGGACCGUGCCUCAGUCGCGGUCGAUCUCGAAUCGCGUGUUGUCCCUCCCCCCCCCCCAGAAAUCAUACAAAAUCAUAUGUACCACACGGCAGUAGGUUUCUGCCUA